AUGAGCAAAGCUUAUGACAGAUUAGAAUGGAAUCUUUUGGAGGCUAUUAUGCUCAAAAUGGGGUAUGUUGCACAAUGGGUUGACAUGAUUAUGCAGUGUGUUAGGUUAGUUUCUUUUUCAGUUGUAGUAAAUGGGGAUGUUACAGAUGAAUUCCGGCCAGAGAGGGGAUUAAGGCAAGGGGAUCUUUUGUCGCCAUACCUGUUUCUGAUGUGUACUGAAGGUUUAUCUGCUCUUUUGUCAAAAGGUAAAGUAGAUGGAUUGCUAAGUGGUGUUUCUGCUUCUCAACGUGGACCUUGGGUGAGUCACCUUUUCUUUGUUGAUGACAGCUUACUAUUUGGAAAAGCGAAUAGUGAUGAAAGCAGUUUGAGAAUGAUGGAUAGUACACUACUUGAAGUGGCUAUCGAGUUCUUCACAAAAAAACAUACGGAGGCAUCGAUUGACUUAGACGAUUUUGAUGCAGAUCAAAGGAUGCUUCGGCAGAUUUGGAGAGCUAUAGUUCCACCGAAAAUUAGAUUCUUCUCAUGGUGCCUAUUUCAUGCUUUGUUGCCUGCGAUGGAUAAUUUGUUUUUGCAAGGUAGAAUGAGGCAUGUUUUGGAUGCUGCUUUGGCUAAAACUCAUGCUGUUCUUAGGGCUCUCUCUUGGGUAAAAGAAAUGGGUUUCCAUACUGUUAUGAUUGAAGGAGAUGCUUUAUACAUUAUCCAGAAGCUAAAUUCUCCUCAUGUUGAUUUCUCUCAGAUUGGUGUCCUCCUUGACGAUGCCAAACUUUUAAAGGAAUCUUUGGAUUGUUACUUCUUUCAUUAUUUGAUGGGUUCAAGCGUUGCUAUGGCUGAUUCGAUCAAUCUAGACCAGAUCAAGGAAGCAGAUACUCAAUCGAGGAGAGCUUGGAAUUCAAUUCUUGCUGAGGUUUUUCAGCUUCGAUCGGUGUCUCCUAUUGAUCCAGGAAAGCCAGUGUUGCGAGUGCUGGCAGAGGUUUACGAGUUGACUUUAGGUCGUGAUGGUUUAGUUAAGAUCAUUAAGAUCGAUUCCAACCUGUAUGUAAUCCAAUUUCCCAAUGAAAUUACAAGAACUUGGGUUUUGGAGAAUGAACCUUGGCACAUUCAAAACAAACCUCUUUUUAUCAAGAGAUGGGAACCAGGGGGUGUUGGAUUAGAUUUUGACAUGAGGAAAUUUCCUCUAUGGAUAACCCUUAAGCAUGUGCCGCUAGAGCUUUACACUAAAUUGGGUUUGAGUUUUAUUGCCAGUGGUUUAGGCAAUCCACUCUAUAUGGAUAGAGCUACAGCAUUGAAACAAAAGCUUUCUAUUGCAAAGGUAUGUGUAGAAGUUGAUUUGGAAGUUGUCAUUGAGUUGAAAGAUGGUACAUCAGUUUCUAUUGAAAUUGAAGUGCCAUGGAGGCCUCCAAAAUGUUGUACUUGCAACGUUUUUGGUCAUGCUAAUUGUUCAGUAGUGCCAAAACAACCUGGUAGGCAGAGAUGGACACCUAAAAAGAAUCUUGAUAUAGCUCAACAAACUGUAAGUAUAGAUACUACUGGAGAUAUUGCGGAUGCUGGUAAUAUAUCAAAUACUGGUGGUUUAGCAUAUACUCCGAUUAUAGCAGAUAUUAGUGAUAUAGCAAAAGUAGAUAAUGGUAUGUCCUUAAAGCCAACUGUAAAAAUGGAAGUUCAGGUUGGAGCGUUCACUAUUUUAACAUCUCCAGCUACUGUACAGAAGUCACUAAUGGUGAGAAACAUUGAACAGAAUACUCCAAUAGGCUGUAGUACUGCUCAGCAAAGUGAUGUGCAGAAAGGUACUGGGAGAAAGUUUACCGCUACAGAGAAAGGUAAAGCUAAUGCAUCAAAACAGUCAAGUAAUAGAUAUGCAACUUUACAAACUAAAGCUAAUAUAAUUGAUGAGGAACACAUAGAUGAUGUUGAUAGAUUGACUGAUAUUGUGAAUGAGAUUGAUAAAGCUACAUUUACUAGAAAACCUAGAGCUGCUUUAGCGAGGGUUAAGGAAGUUGUGAUGCAGUGUAUCACUUGCCAUAUUACUUAUAAUAGUAAGAAGUUUUAUUUUUCUGCUGUUUAUGGUGCUAAUAAUGAAGGUGAUAGGAGGAAUUUGUGGAGCUACUUAUUGCAGACUGCCACUACAAUUGGUGCUGACCCUUGGCUUGUAGUAGGGGAUUUUAACGUUAUCUCUCGAAUUAAGGAAAGCUCUGAGUUUAAUGGUACACAAAUUGCUGGCUGUGAUAUUUCUGAUUUCAACUCAUGUAUUUCUCAAUUAGAUUUAGUUGAUCAUGCUUAUUCUGGUCCAUUAUUUACCUGGUGGAAUAAACGAGAUGAAGGGUCUAUUUCUAAAAAGUUAGAUAGAGCAUUAGUUAAUUUCAGCUGGCUUGAGGCUUACCAGAAUUCUAUUGUGGAGUUUUUGGCACCAGAAGUUUCUGAUCAUUGUGCCAUUUUGGUGAAAUUGGACUCUCAAAAUUUUUCCCCUCCCAAGCCUUUUCGUUUCUUCAACUUCUGGACUAAACAUGAUAAUUUCAUGGCUACUGUGAAACAGUCUUGGCCUCAACCAGUUUAUGGUAGAGAUCCCAUGUUGAGGUUGUUUAUGAAACUUAAAAGACUGAAGCCAGUCUUAAAGCAGUUUAACAGAGAUAAUUUUAGGCAGCUUUCUGACAAGGUCAACCAAAAAAGAGGAGAAGUAGCUCAAUUACAAACUUCUUUAUUACAGUCUGCAUCUUCACAGCUAGUUGAUGAGUUGAAGCAAAUCUCUGAUAAGGCUAUUCCGUUUUUCCAGUCUUUGCUUGGGAAGAAAGAUGGAGCUAUUGGUGGAUGUUCAAUUGACCUUUUGACGGAUAUUUUACAAGAUACGGUGCCUGUAAAUUUAAGACAGUCUUUAUCUGCUCCUGUUACUACAGCUGAAAUUAAAUCCGCUAUUUUCUCUAUUAGUGGUGACAAAGCGCCAGGACCAAAUGGAUUCAAUUCUUACUUCUUCAAAUCAACUUGGAGUAUUGUGCAGAAAGAUGUUGAGGAGGCAAUUCUGUAUUUCUUCCAAACAGGUCAUUUACUUCAAGCAUUCAAUUCUACUGCUAUUACCCUUGUGCCUAAAUAUUCUGGCCUGCAACUAAAUUGUGAGAAGAGUGAGCUUUUUACAGCUGGAGUUUCUAGUGAUAUUGUGCAGAAAAUGGUACAACUUUCUCAUUUUAAAGUGGGUUCACUUUGGAUAGCAUGGAUUUAUGCAUAUAUUCUUAAGGGUCGAUCUAUUAUGGAGAUCCCUUCUUUACAAAGAUAUAGCUGGAACAUAAAGAAGUUGCUUCAUUUGAGAAACAAGGUUGAUCAGUUUAUUCAGGUUGGUGGGGAUUGGACUCUCCCUGGUUAUGUUUAUAAAACUUCUCUUGUAUAUGAUCAUUUGAGGUCUAAAAAUCCUCGUGUCCCAUGGCAAAGAGAUCACAUCUUUUUUACUUGUGAGUAUUCGAAGAAGUUAUGUGUGAAGAUUUUGAGGGCUUGCAAUUUGACUAAGGCAGCUGGUGAUUGGCAGAGUGAGCUUCAGUGGAAAAAUCAUUGUUUUGUCUGGGUUUUUGCUUUGUGUUUGAUGGAAAACCAAGCUGAUCAAAACUUGGAGAAAGAGUCUGUUUCGAUGGAAACAUCAUCAGAUUUAGCAGCUUCAAAGCGAAGCAAAGUGUUCCUGAAGCUGAAGAUCUCCAAUAAGCCGUUGAAACAUUGUGGGCAGCAUAUCUGCCCGGUUUGCAGCAGAGGGUUUAGUUCGGGAAAGGCUUUGGGAGGGCAUAUAAGGAUCCACACCAAGGGAAUCAAAAACAGUCGCCAUAGAAAGCUUUCAAAGCUUCAGCCCAGGAAUUACAUCCAUCGUGCCAAGGCUAAGAAACGGAUCUCCAAGAAAACGGGUCUGCCACCAAAAGCAGCUGCUGAUGAUGAUGAUCUGAAUAAUAAAGAUGAUGAUGAAGAUGAGAAAUUCAGCUGCGCCGUAUGUAACAAGGAGUUCAGGUCGAAGAAAUCAUUGUUUGGGCACAUGAGGAACCAUCCCGACAGGAAGUGGAGAGGGAUUAAGCCACCUCCAAAUUCUGAGAAAAACAGCUGCUGUUCCAGCGUUUCAGAAAACGAAGAAGCUGUCCAAGUUGUUGAUCAGAUUAGUGCAACUGAAACUGAUGAAGCUUCUGCUGAUCUCUUCAAGUCUCUUCCCAAAUGGAGUUAUGCCACCAAACCCAUCUCUGAUGAGAUUCCUGAGGCUGCCUAUUGCCUUAUGAAACUGGCUCGAGGUCAAUCUUUUGAUCUGGCUCAGCUGAUGCUUCAUAAAGGUCCAUCAGAGGUGAAAAAACGCUGUCAUUUUGAUGGGAAAGGGAAGGGUAAGUUGAAAAUUGAGCAGGAUAUUCAAGAGAGACUUCCUUGUAAAAGGGCAGAUUCAUACAGGUCUGGGGAAGAAAAAAAGAUGGGAAAACCAAUCAAUUAUGAAAACUCCAUAGAAAACAAGAGGACGAAGCUGAAUUGUGCUGAAGAUGCUACAGAAGUCCUGAAAAAGAAUCGAAAGUUUGAUCAAUUUCACAAGUACCCAAUGAUGAAGGCCGAUGAAUUAGAGGAGGGUAAUUCAUCAGGAAGACAAAGAGGAGGCAAGAUUUUCCCGAGUGGUUUUUGCCCUAAUAAAAACCCUAGUCCCCGAGGACUAUUUGGAGCUGAAACAGCAGAGGGCAAACACCUUUAUUCCAAAAAACAAAUCCCAGGCACCAGUCAUCAGGCAGAGGCAGCUGAAGCAAGUCAUGAUCAUGUGCAGGUUUGUUCCCCCAAGUUACUAGAUUUUGAUCUGAAUGAACCAUAUGUGGCUCUAGAUGCUGAGCCUACACCUACACCUACACCUACACCAUCUCAAUAUUCUGAUUAG